AGGUGCACGUCCGCCCGCCCUUCGUCAUUCGCUAUUCGAUUUCUGAAUCGUAUUCCAACUUUCAUAGAACUGAAGUAACUUUGUGAAUUAAGAAAAAAAUAAAGUUCUCAGUGUUGUUCGUGUAAUGUGCAUUUAAAACUACUAUUGACAAGGAUUGAAAGGGAUUUUUUUAGAUAGCGAGGAUUCGAAAUGCGAUGGAACGCGGCAGCAGCUGUGAGGUGAUGGGAUCAAAUAUAAUAGACCAUUACCACACGACAUGGAGUAGCUAGGAAGUUAGACAAAGACAGAGAUAGUCGGCUGUGAUGGAGAUGAACGGGACGGAAGCUCGAGGCGAGGAAGCGGUGACGCUCGCUUUGAGUGUGGCCGUCACCGUCAUCUCCGCCAUUGGGUUACUCCUUAACGCCUACAUAUUGUUCGUCAUUGUCAUAACUAAACAGCCAGCCUCAGCUUCGUCCGUGCUAUUGGUACACUUGGGAGCAGUGGGCGCGCUGGCCAGCGGAGCGUCGCUGUGCAGUGGGGGAGCUACAUGCGCUUGCGGAGCGCUUCUUCAAGCUCUGCACCCGCUCCAGCUCUGGACUGUAUGUGGACUACAUGCUGAUCGUGCAGCUGCUAUUGCGGCACCAUUGCACUACGCAGCUAUUGUUUCCGCGAAAAAGGUAAUCAUCUGCGUUGCUAGUGGUUGGAUUGCUCUCGCUGCUCUUCUGGCCCCACUGGCAGUGGCUCAGCCGCCGUUGGUCUACAGCAUCGGUCUCGGAAGUUGUACUCCUGAUUGUGGCGCUGGACCUGCCGCGUUGGGAUUUUGUCUUGUCUACGCGUUAUUAACUCUGUUAUUACCCACCGCGCUCGUUGUCCUAUGCAGUCUUAAAAUCUUACGUAUCGCCCGAUAUCACCGACAUAGAAUAGCAGCAGCGAUAUAUGAAGUAACAUUAUCUGCACAAGUAACGGUAACUCAUCAACGUAACCCGUUCUCUCCUCCGCCGCCUCCGCGCAGACGGGCUUUAUCAGCAGUUCUACAACCUCUCGGAUCAUUAGCAAUCUUGUACUUCCCAUAUUAUUGCGUAUUAAUAUGGCCUGCUAUCGCAGUACCGCCACAAUCUUUGGCUGCUAUAUCGGCUGCCCUUUUAGCUGCAGCUCCACCUGUCAACGGGAUUUUAUAUGGUAUUCGAAGUCGAGCUUUCAAAGAUUCUCUACGUAAUUAUCGGAGGAAACGAAUGACAAAAAGUGAGGUCACCCAGGAGAUUCAAGCAAGAACACCAAGUGCUUGUGGAUCUAGACGACCGUCUUUAUCCGCUGGUUCGGGUUGUAUACGACCGCCGACAACUAGACGACUGUCUGAUGCAGCAGCAAUGGGCUCCCGAGGGUCGGAGAGACCAGCACAACGUGCAGCGUCUUGUAAUAUGCUCCAAGAUUCUCAAGAAGAUGAAGUUCAUAAGCCUCGGACUUCUGCUAUUCCUUUAAUAAGGGCACCACCACAUAUUGUUCUCGGUCGAGCACUCGGACUCGAAGAAGGUGUUAGUAGGGAACGCAGGCGACGUCAGUCACCUCGAAUAACAGUAACUAGGGCAAUGUCUGACGAAUGUGAGUCACCAUCUCGUCGCCCACUUUGUAGACAGCAUUCGCGAUCGAGUGGUGCUCUUUUAGGCACUAUGACUUGCUCUCCUGCCCUCUCAGAGAACGUUGGCGAUAGCGCUGCAGACGAACAGCUCCUUCUCUCUUGGCCUCAACGAUCACACGGUAUUCGGCAUGAUGUUCUAUAAAACGGGUCCUUUUUAUUAUAAAUAACGCUAUGUAAAUUGUUAUGUGUAGAAGACAAUAAAUGUGCGUGCGGUUUCGCUGUCGAGUUUCGCUGUUACCAAAUUAAAUUAUUUUUAAAACGUUCUGUUGAUACUCGACCUUUCCGACCAAACUGUGACCAACUGCUGUUUCCUAUCACUACUUAUUACUCUAUCGUAGACGUAAUGAUUUAUCCUACAGGGUUCCUCCAUAUCGUUAGCUUUAUUACAAACCGAAGUAUUAAUUUAGUGCGUACUUCUAAAAAGUUUUCUGUAGUAUUCCUUAGGUUUAGAAAGAUAUAUAAGAUUGUUGGAUAUAUUUUUUGUUAUUUAUUUCCUUAUAGAUUUCUAUGAAGAUUGUUAUCGCAGAAGCUUAAAGAUAUCACUAUUAUAUAUAGACGAAAUGAGAUUUGCACAGUACUAGUCACUACUAUAUAAAAUAUUACGUUACGUUACGUUACGUUAGGAGAACACAAUAUGCAACGCUUUUAUACAUUGCCGCCGUCCAAAAUUUGGAUUCUACGCCUUUAGUGUAGUGUGUAAAGCUUAAGUAGACAUUGGGAAGUGAUAAUAGCAUUACGUACUCCUCGAUAUGAGGAGGUUUGGUGAUCUCAUUAUUAAAACGACACAUUUAUAAAAAUAUACUUAUCUAGCCAAGACACUAGGAGACAUUUUGAAAAAAUACUCGAAAAAUAAAUAAAAAAUUAGGAAUAUAUAUAUAAAUAUUAUUGUACGGAGACUUAUAUGAGCUUCAGUCAUUAUUUUUACGUGAAUAUAUUACAUUCCAAACGAACAAAAGUAUUGAAAUAAUAACAUUGCUUAUAAUAAGAAUAAAGCAACGUAUCUUCACUGUAUU